CCACGGGGACUUGUCAUUUUUGUUUCGGUUUAGAAUAAAAUAAAAAAUAAUUAUUAAUAUCAUGCAAAAUAUCUUAAGAAAUGCAUAUUCUUAAAGCGGAUUUUUACUUGAAUGUGAACGUGAGAUUUUAAUGUGAACGUAUCAGAAAUGGUGUUUUUACACUAAUUUUGGGUGCUACGAAAGGGCCUGAUUUUGACGCGCUUGGUCGCUCGAGCACCGAUGCAUUUCUGGAUAGACAAACGUAGUCAGUGCGCCUACAGCGGCCGCCAGCGGGUACCAUCAUCUCUGUCCGCCGGCGUAGGGCGUGCGCGUGGGCGUAAGGGCAUGGCGGCGCCUGUGCACCGCUUCGCCGCUGUCGACUGUGCUCCGCGCCGCCCGCACCGACCACUCAGGCACUAUGCACCCCCACCUUUACCAGCUGUACAUUCAACUCGAAGGCAAAAUGAUGAGCCGAGUUUGUAUGUGGAAAUACCUCCGGAGCCUCCGCAGCCUACGAUCGCAAGUCUGGCGGCCGCGAGAAGCGUCACCCCUGAUACACUACUGCGGACCGCAGCACUAGGGCUCCACAACUCGCCUAUGAUGGCACCGCAUCUCAAGUUUGGGAUGCUAGUGUCAUUUGCUUUGGCUACGGUUUUCUUAGCCGGUGCCAAGUAUUAUUUUGAUAGACAUGUGGUGCACACGGGGCUGACGAGCGAGGCGGGUGUGCUGUGUGCGGCCAUCGCGUGUCUGUGUGUGCUGGGCUGCGCGCUGGCGGUGUGCCGCUCUCGUCCACCACAUCCACCACCAGCACCGCCCGAGCGCGUCUCAUCCACAGCUCAGCGACACGCACACCAGAUAGCUGAAGUAGCAGAGGAAUUGCCAGCAUUGCUACCGGCCUCGGAGCGCUCCGAGCGGCGAGCGGAGCGGCUGCCCGAGCGGGUGACGGAGCGCGUGGCGGAGCGCCCGGUGGAGCGGGGAGCGGAGCGCGGCGCGGCGGGCGAGGCGCCCCCGCCCUACCACAUCGCGGUGCUGCUGCCUGGCCGCGCCGCCGCCCCGCCGCCAGCCUACAGCGCGCUCAGCUAG